AUGAGCAGGACCCUUCUAUCCAGGGUGUUCCCCUCCUCAACGGAUCCGGAAUACGAACCUGUCGAGAACGAUGAAUUACUCAGUGGUACGGAUGGGACGGGAAACACACGGGAUAGGCUUGCUUCCAGUGAGGAAAAUGAUGGGUUAAAUUCUUUGAAGAAACCAUUUUCAUGGCAUGAUUAUACGGUGUUUUUGCUUCUGGGAGUGGCGAUGUUAUGGGCAUGGAAUAUGUUCCUCGCCGCUGCGCCCUACUUCCGUCGCCGCUUCGAGAAAAAUCCUUGGGCGUUAGAGCACUAUGAGUCCUCCAUCCUAUCAGUCUCAACAAUAACGAACUUAUUAUGCGUCUUGGUCCUCGCCAAAUUGCAACAAAAUGCAUCCUAUCCCAUACGAAUUGCAGUCUCUCUUGUGAUUUUGACCGCUGUCUUUGCUCUCCAAGCCAUGUCCACGGUCUUUUUCCGCGCGGUCCCUGUUGGUUUGUAUUUCAUUUUCGUCAUGACGAUGGUUCUAGGGGCUAGUUUUGCAGUGGGCAUGAACCAGAAUGGCGUCUUUGCGUAUGUUUCUGGGUUCGGACGUCCAGAAUAUACGCAAGCUAUUAUGGCAGGACAGGGAAUUGCGGGUGUGCUUCCCUGCAUUGUUCAGAUUAUUACAAACGCAGCUGGUGGAUCUCGAAGGCAUGAUGGUGACCACCAAAAGAAUGACGACGGUGACGAAUUCUACAAAUCGGCACUAACGUACUUCCUAUUUGCUGUCUUGGUCACUCUGGUGGCCUUGUUUUCAUUUGUACAGCUCAUGAGCCGCACCGCCGGACCACGGUGGUUCAUCAGGGAGUUCCGCGCUAUCCAGAACGCACAUACAAUGUCAGACGCUACUAACCCUGCACCCGAACUUCCUGCACCAACUCACAAAACCGUGGGCCUCUGGAGACUUUUUCUUCGACUAAAAUGGCUCGCUCUCGCAGUCUAUCUCUGUUUCACGGUGACCAUGAUCUACCCCGUGUUCACCGUCAAAGUCCAAUCAGUCCACAACCCAGCGACACGAUCUCGCAUCUUUGAGCCUGAGCUUUUCAUCCCGCUGGCUUUUCUAUUCUGGAAUAUGGGCGAUCUGAUCGGACGCAUGUCCCCCAUCGUACCAGUUCUGGCUCGAGCAGCAGGCUACCCCCGCGCAGUAUUUGCAUUUUCUGUGUCGCGUCUAAUCUUUAUUCCUAUGUAUCUUGCCUGCAAUAUUCGCAGUGGCAGGGAUGCGACAGGCAAUGGGGCGGUUAUCAAUAGUGAUUUCUUUUACCUGUUUGUUGUUCAGUUAGGGUUUGGUUUGACGAAUGGGUUCUUGGGGAGUGUGUGUAUGAUGGGUGCUGGACAGUAUAUCACUGUUGAUGAGCGGGAGGCGGCUGGUGGGUUUAUGAGUAUGAUGCUUGUUGCUGGGUUGGCGACUGGUAGUUUGUUGAGCUUUUUUUUCAGUGAGUCGUAA